AUGGCUAGCAACACUUUGCUUGAAUCGGUGGCGGCGUUUGAGUCGCAAGCUAAGCGUGCUGGUCUCAAUGAGCAGUGGAUUGAAGCGUUUGGGAGGAAUGAUCUCAACAAGUUAGGGCGUUUGGCAUAUGCAGUGACAACGCCUGGUGUUGCUCCUACAACUGAACAAGUGACAGACUUCAUGAAUCAUUUGCGUCUUGGUGUGGGCCCUACACUCAGUGAGAUAACAGCUGUGAAGCGUGUGUUGUUUGAAGCACAGACGUUGACCAUUGCAAGCCUACGUUCAACUGUGCACUCACCUGAUGAUGCCAGCACACGUAGGGUAGCACCUGCUGAGCGUUCUGCAAGAAUCGAAGCCCAGCGUCAGCGACUUCAAGGUGACAAGCCAGACAAGCAGAUCAAGCUUGAUGAGACGCGCAGCAGCCUGGUGGUAAAGGACAAACCACAUGAUCAAGAGACAGACAUCACCAGUGACCUCAGUCUGUUGCAAGCUAUGACACGUCGUGCAUUAGCUAUGGAUUUGGUGGGCAUUGCAUCUUACAAUACAGUUAUGAAGUUUGUGAACCGUUUGUUUGCGCUGUUAACCCAGUUACCUGCACCUGGGUUUGGACGUCCAGGGCAUGCGCAACUUUUGCGCGCUGACAGGCAAGCUUUCAUGAGGCUGGCAGAAACAGUGUCACCGCCUUACCACAUCAAUGCAGCUGGAGUUUUACCACUUGAUUUGGCAUUUGAUCAGUUGCACAAUGAUGUCACAGUGACAUAUCAUAUGCUGCCGGUGCCUUUGGGACGCCACCGUGAUGAUGAUAAGACUUCGAAUGCGACCAGUACAAAGACUCCCCCAAUCAAGAAAACGCCCGGGGGUAACAAGACUGGAGGUGCCCCUAGCUCCAAGGGCAAAGGGGGAGGCAAGAACAAGAGACAGCCGAUGCCACAUCAGCUUCAUGGGAUGCAUCACAAGACGCCUUCAGGGAAAGCAAUCUGUUUCAACUUCAAUCUGGGCAAGUGCAAGGUGAUUUGUUUGGACCUUCAGAAACCUGAAGUUCAAGAGAUGGUCAUGCAAUGGGUGUCAGACCCGAGAUGCGUUUGGGUCCAUUUUGGGAUUCCAUGCGGUACAGCUUCUCGUGCACGGGAGCGUAGGAUGUCAAAGACACAUUUUGGGCCACGGCCGAUGCGGUCAAAGCACUUCCCAGAUGGACUACCUCCACAUUUGCUGAGUCAGAAUUCGCGUGACCGGCUCAGGGCAGCCAACAGGUUGUAUCACUUCAUGCAAAAGCUCAUUUUGAGCUUGCCUUCCACUACAGUUUGGACCAUUGAGAAUCCGUUGCGAAGCUGGCUUUGGCAAACCUCAUAUUUCCAGCAAAUCCAGGAGCAGACCAAGGUUUUGUUUUUUCAGUUUGAUAUGUGUAUGUUUGGUGGCAAACGACUGAAGCGUACUGGCAUCGCCACCAACUGUGAGAACCUGGGUUCUUAUGCAAUUCAAUGUGAUGGCUUACAUGAACAUGCACCUUAUGAGUUUCGUGAUGGGCAAUUUGACACUGCUUUGGAAGCCGAGUAUCCAAAGAAUUUUUGUGAAGUUUUGGUGCGUGGGGUGGCAGAGCAUUUACAGAAACUCCAUCAAUGGGGUCCUUUAGACCUUGCCAAGCGUGUAAAACUGGCACGGUCGGCUGCAGUGGCUACGAAUCAACAGCCAAAACGUAUACCACAGCUUGUACCUGAAUUUCAAAAGGUGCUACAAGUACGUCAUGUGCCCAGAGCUGUCGAUAUUCCUUUGGAUUCGAAGCGAAAUACAAUGCAAUGCCAUAAUUUUCUAUGUGACAAUGAUGAAAUUUUCAUUCCAUGCCAGACUCGUAUGCUUUGCCGCACUCCUCAAAAGGGGUGUACCAGUUGCGGCGAUAGUACUGUUGCCUUGGACUUGCUGCAGGCGAAUGUUACACAAAGUUUGGGUGAUGGUAUGACGGCAACAGAGGACAAAACUGACAAGGACUGCAACCAAUGUGCAGGGGUCCGGCAGGUGAAAUGUGACAAAGAGUUUGAAUCGGAUGAACUUAUUUUUGGUCGUUUUUGGUCACCUGAGUUUUUCUUGGAACAGGUAGCACUUGCGGGACACCCUCAACACCUCAUGUCAGGGAUUUCGGAUGUUAUGCAGGUUGCGGUUGAUGCCAAUGUACACUGGUCUUAUCACGACAUUGUCAUUCACAGAUGCAAAUGGUUUGGCAAGUACCUACCAAUGGCCGCAGCUUUGAAAGAGAAGGAAGCUGCCAUCUUACAAGACAUGCCUGGCCCCAUGAGGAGCAUCAUGUCUGCAAAGCGCAUUGCUUUGUUGGAGCGUAUCUUGCAGGACGAAGGGUAUCCCGACAUUGGCCUGGUGCAAGAUCUCAAGCGUGGCUUUGACUUGGUGGGUGAACUGCCGACUGCCGGCGGUAUGCUGCCAGCGAAACUUGUUCCUGCUACUAUGGCGGUGGGCGAGCUUGCCCCUAACGCUGGCAGGGCUCGCGCUGCCAUGAGGACAGCUAGCGCGUCUUGUGGAGAUCCAAACUUGGAUGAGAUGCUUUACCAAAAAACCCUUGAUGAAGUCGAGAGGGGCUGGCUUCUUGGCCCGCUACCCUGGGAUUCGCUGGAGCCAAAUGCAGUUGUCUCAAGGCGCUUUGCCUUGCAGCAGGGUGAGAAGCUUCGUCCAAUAGAUGAUUACAGUAUGAGCUCAGUGAAUGCAACAGUUACAGUCAAGGACCAGGCUACAGCUGACAACGUGGAUGUAAUUUGUGCUUUGAUGUUGCAGCUUAUGACUGGGCUGCGCAGUGUUGGACGGAGCACGGAGUUGAAAGCUCGCUCCUUUGACUUGGCUGCAGCCUAUCGGCAGUUGUGUAGCAGCAGUGAGUCGGCCAUGAGCUUGCUUUUCGAAAUGUUGGGGUGGGCAUAUGAUAAAGAAGGGCCGAAAGCUGACACUUUUUCUGAAGUGGUGGCGUCUUUGGGUGUUUCAAUUUCCCUGGCCGAGACCAUUGCGGGGGAGAUCAAAGUUAUGAACACCGAGAAGCGCAAAAAAGACUUGGUUGAGCUAAUCACCAGUGUUGUGAACCUGGGCACCCUGCAGUACAAGGAGGGCCAAGUCUUGAAUGGUAAGCUGACUUUUGCACAUGGCCAGAUAUUUGGACUGGCCGGCAAAUAUGUUUUACAAGCGGUGUCAGAUCAUGUUUAUGCAAAACCUUUCAAAAAUGCUGUGAGCGAUGAACUGAGAUAUGCUUUGCAAUUUUUUCGAGACCGUUUGCUGACGGGCCUACCGAGGUCUAUUAACAUGGCUACCAGACAUACUCGAUUUGUUUUGACUGACGCCUGCCUUGAGGCGAACUUGACAGGUGGCAUCGGUGGGGUGCUGUGCAGCCCUAAGGGGCAAGUUGAAGCUUGGUUCCAACUCAAGUUGGAAUCCAACCAGGUUGAACACUUCAUGGCUCAGCUGCAGGAGAAUGCGAUCGCUGAAUUGGAAACCCUUGCUACAGUUGUGGCGAUGAAACUUUGGGCAUCGGUGUUAUGCUCACAACAUGUCGUUUUCUGCCUUGACAAUGAUGUCGCAAGAUUUGGUUUGAUAAAAGGUUACUCAAAAGCGCCAUUCGUAACAUUGCUGGUGCGACUUGCCUCCACCUUGUGCGAGGAAGCGAUGAUACUGCCUUGGUUUUUGAGGGUUGCCUCACCUUCUAACAUUGCUGACUUUCCGUCUCGUCUUCAGAGGCAUCCUUUGUUGAAAAAUCAAAAGAUGAUUGCACACAACGUGGUGCUGGCAGCUUUCCAAUAUGCACUGGAGUUUGUUUUCCGUCCCCAUAAGUGA